AUGCCGACGCCACCGCCACCGGCAGCCAAGGUGAAGGUGUCAUCUACACCAAGAGAUGGAUCCUAUCUUCGGCGGCAAGAAAAAUUCAGAAGAGAGGAGCAGCUCGCGGAAGAGCUUGCAACCGAAAAGAAGCUGCACGAGCAGAGACUGCAGGAAACAAAGGAGCAUUAUGAGGAGAAGUUGGAGGAAGCCAAGAAACAAUACGAUCUGGCGGCGGUGAAGAACCUGCAGCUUCAGGCAAAAGUGGGUGCAUCUGAAGCGGAGAAACGCUAUGACCAAAGGCUGGCAACCGCAGUCAGUAACUUGAGAGAGCAGAUCAGUGUGGAGAAGAAAGCAAAGGAGACGGAGCAGAAGACAUGUGCGGACCUCGAAGCCUGCAACAAGAGGUAUGUGGAUGCAAACGGAAAGUUCGCAACGGAGCACCAGAACUGGAUCCAGCGUGGUCAAAAUGCAGAAGCUGGAGAAAAGGAAGCCAAACGCCAGGCGACUGUGGCCAAAAAGCAACUGGAGGCUGAACAAAAGAAGUACCAGGAGCUGAAGACACAACACGAUGCAUUGGAGGUACUUCUGCAGAAGCGAGCUGCGCAACUCAACCCGCCGUCCGAGGCCAGGGCUUCUCGGGGUCGUCAACUGCUGUCUUGGAUGAUGUGGAUGAUGGGGCCUGAACAGGAAUCUGCUGCGCCAAAGAGAAAGAAAAAGGGCUGA